GAUGUACCCCGGAAGUAGAUUUCAGAAGUUCGGUAUACGUCAGUCAGAUUGAUCGGGGGCUCUGCGGCGUUAGAACAGCAUCUGUUGUACCCAAGUCAGUGAAUAAGGCAUUGAGGUCGCUCAGGGGUAACUGCUGGAAAAAGGAGCGGGGCCCCGCUUCUCACCUAUAUCGUGUUCGAGAGAAAGACGGUGAGCCGGCUCAUGUUCCGGAAGACGUGAACACGCCGAAGAUAGGAAGGGGCGGCAUAAAGGUCUCGGGGCGGAGUCCCCUCGUUCAUCUCGUCUGGCUGCCUCAAGUCCAGGGAUGCAGUGAAGCUGCCCGCGUUUGCAAUGCUACUGAUUGCCUAUGUCUCUUUCCUGCUCCUCCUCGCCAUCUGCCUGGGCUUGGAGUUCUCCGCCUGCCGAGCCAGACCGGGGCCCGCCACCAACCCGGCCUUCCGCCAGUUCCAGCUACACUUCUACCGGGUCUACUUCCUUGCUCUGUGGGCCGACUGGCUGCAGGGGCCGUACUUGUACAAACUCUACCACCAUUACAACUUUCUGGAGUCGCAGAUCGCCAUCAUCUAUGUGUGCGGUUUUGCCUCCAGCGUACUGUUUGGUCUGGUGGCCGGGUGGCUGGUGGACCGCAUUGGCCGGCGCCAGGCUUGCAUCCUGUUUUGCGCCACCUACAUAGUCUGCUGCCUCACCAAGCUGUCGCAGGAUUAUUUCAUACUGAUCCUGGGCCGCGUCCUGGGGGGCUUGUCAACCUCCCUGUUAGCAACAGCCUUCGAGGCCUGGUACGUCCACCAGCACGUGGAGACCCACGACUUCCCUAAAGAGUGGAUCCCCGAGACUUUCUCGCAAGCUGCCUCAUGGAACCACGGUUUGGCCGUGGCCGCCGGCUUUGUGGCGACUUUUUUUGCUGAGUGGCUCAGCCUGGGACCCGUCGCCCCCUUCCUCGUUGCGGUGCCAUUCUUGAUGCUUUGCGGCGGCCUGGCCUUAAGGGACUGGGAGGAGAACUGGCACCCGGGGGGAGUGGCACAGACAAAGUUCACGAGGUCUUGCGUGGAAGGACUUCAGUGCCUCCUGGCGGACAGCAGGGUCCUGCUACUGGGGGGAAUCCAGGCGCUGUUUGAAAGCGUCAUCUACAUCUUUGUGUUCCUCUGGACGCCUGUCCUGGACCCCCACGGGCCCCCGCUUGGCAUUAUCUUCUCCUGCUUUAUGGCCUCUUGCAUGAUCGGGGCCUCCUUAUACCGGGUGGCCACCUCCAAGAAAUACCUCCUGCAGCCCAUUCACCUGCUCUCCCUGGCCGUCCUCCUGGCUUUCUUCGCACUCUUCAUGCUGUCCUUCUCCACUUCGCCCGGACAGGAAGCGCCCUCGGAAUCCUUCUUGGCCUUCCUGGUCAUCGAACUGGCGUGCGGCCUGUACUUUCCUUCCAUGGGUUUCUUGCGAGACCGCAUCAUCCCCAAGAAGCAGCGGGCCGCCGUCCUGGCUUGGUUCCGCCUUCCCCUGCACCUCCUGGCUUGUAUGGGUAUGCUGGCCCUGUAUGGCAGCGGAGACGGCCUCAGUGGUACGCGGCACAUGUUUGUGGCCUGCGCCGGGCUGAUGCUCGCUGCCCUGUUGGCUGUGGUUAGCUUAUUCUCGGUGAUCCGCCACGACACUGAGCUGAGGCUCGAUGGCCAGGAGGGACUGCAGCAGAACGGCCCGGUGCCCUCGGGACUCUGAGUCGUUGAUGUUGUUGUGUGGAUUAUCCAACGACUUGAACCUUGAGAGGUUAUAGCGCCCCACAGGGAUGCCGUUUGGGCCAAAAUCUGCCAACUCGGAGUGAAUAAUAACGUUGGCCCUCACUCUGGCGUCCAGGACAGCCAAGUUAAGACACGAUUGGUAAGGGGUGCCGGACUGCGCUGAUCCUUCCCCAUCUGACCAAACGGAACGGGUUUGUGUACUGCGGACCGACUCCAUACACGUGGGGCUGGUCCUGGGUGGGGGGUCUGGUCUAUGAAUGUAAACACGUCCUUGGCUUGCUUUCUUUUAGGCCAAAUGUAUCUGCCUGUUGAGAGUGGUGGGGUGUACCUCAUUUGGGAUCUGGGAUUUUGUGUGAAUAAUGUAAAAAAAAAAAAAAAACGUCAAGGGGCUAUGAAAUGAAAAGGGGGCAUUCACGGGGUCUUUUUUUUUUUUUUUUCAUUUUAAAUGUAUUCCAGCCCUGCUCGUUUGCACCUUUUUUUGUUUUUUUGCACCUGCGGCCAUGAGACUGUGAAUACGUACCUUGUAUAUUUCCAAAAAAAAAAAAAAAAGGUGGUUUGUUUUAGGUACCCCACUUGCAAGGAUUUCUUUUGUUUAAAUUGGGAUGGGAGGGGGGUUUAGGGAUAUCAGAAUUGUCUGCAACCGGCCUUAUCCAGUAUGUUGUGGAUUGGCUUGAACUCCACUCUGUACUGUAGUUAAUGCAUUUGGCUGCCUUCUACUGCUGAAGGGGCAAAACUGCACAGGUGGACACCCCUUGGUACCAAAAAAGGUGUGUGGCUGGGGGUGGGGGGGUAUUUCUCGUAAAAUACUCCACCCCAGUGUUGGGACGUCUUUAAAAAAUGAAAAAAAAUAAAGCCCUGUGGUGCCAAUACUCUCCUGUAAGGGGCUACAAAUGGGGUUUUUUUAGGGGAGGGGCUUGGUUCAGGCAAAAUAAGCCUACAGUGUUUUUAGAAAUGCGGGGUGGUGGUCCGUCAUGAAGUCAGCCUGUUAACUUUCCUGUAAGAGGUGUGAUGCAUGAAGGGUGCAAGGCAGUGUUUGGGUGUUUUUUUUUUUUUUUUUUAUAUAUUACGCUCCCCUCCCUCCAAAGACAACUAUAAAGUAAUUAAAAAAAAGACACUGUGA